CUGUGCAAAACUCCGCGAUUGUUGGGAGUUGCCCACGGUCUGGUGCGUGCACCCGGAAGUGCCCGGCGUUUUGUUUUUGGUAGUUUGCGUCUGUUCAUCACAAUCUCUGUAACGGAUACCUGGAGGUUUGACAGGAUGACCCAGGCGGAGAGAGAACCCGAAAACGGGAAAGAGAAGGAGAAAGACCGAGACAAGGAGAAAGAGAAGGAGCAGCGGGGAGUGAAGAGGCCGAUAGUUCCCCCUGUCAUACCCGAACCUUUACAAGAGCAAAUCCAGAGCAACUUCAUCGUGGUGAUAAAUCCAGGUUCAGCCACGCUGAGGAUUGGCCGAGCCACGGAUACACUUCCUGUAAGCAUUCCACAUGUCAUUGCUAGGAGGCACAAACACCAGGGCCAGCCCCGCCACGAGGACCCCUGGCUGAUGAGAGAGGGUCUCAAUAAACCAGAAAGUAAUGAACAAAGACAAAAUGGCCUUAAAAUGGUAGACCAGGCAAUCUGGUCCAAGAAGAUGUCAAAUGGUGCAAGAAGAAUUCCAGUUUCUGCUGAUCAGGCAAGGGCAUUCAAUAAACAAAUGCGGCCUGCAGUGUUGGAUCCAAGCUCCAGAGUGAAGUGGACGAACACAUCCCAUCACCCUGAGUUUGUUGUGGGAGAAGAGGCACUUCUUGUAAAUCCUACAGACUGCUACAACAUCCACUGGCCAAUACGAAGGGGACAAAUAAACCUUCAUGGUGGUCCUGGUGGCACCCUGACUGCAGUUAUGGCUGAUUUGGAGACGAUAUGGUCGUAUGCAAUACAGAAGUUCUUAGAGAUUCCACUUCGAGAUUUGAAGUAUUACAGAUGCAUCUUGUUAGUUCCAGACAUCAAUAACAGACAACAUGUAAAGGAGUUGGUGAACAUGCUUCUCAUGAACAUGGGCUUUUCAGGUAUUGUAGUCCAUCAGGAGUCAGUGUGUGCCACUUUUGGCAGUGGCUUAAGCAGUGCAUGUGUUAUAGAUGUUGGAGACCAGAAGACCAGUGUGUGUUGUGUAGAAGAUGGAGUGUCUCAUCGCAACUCAAGGUUGUGCCUGGCGUACGGAGGUUUGGACGUGACUAGAUGUUUUUUCUGGCUCAUACAGCGAGCUGGCUUUCCUUAUAGAGAGUGUCAGCUGUCCAGCAAAACAGACUGUCUCCUCCUUCAGCAGCUCAAAGAGACCUUCUGUCAUCUUGAACAGGACAUUUCAGGACUCAAAGACCAUGAAUUUCAACUCCGAAACCCAGACUCCCCUGCUGUGCUCUACCAGCUCCGAUUAGGAGAUGAAAAGCUACAGGCACCAAUGGCACUCUUCUAUCCAGCAAACUUUGGAAUUGUGGGUCAGAAGAUGACAUCAUUACAGCACAGAUCACAGGGAGACUCGGAGGACCCUCAUGAUGAGCAGUACUUGAUGGGUACACAAAGCAAACAGGACCAGUCUGCUAAAGCCACAGCUGAGCGGAAGACUUUUCCCAAGCCAUCUGGGUUUGACGGAGAGUCGUGCAGCCAGAACCCAGAACCCUCUGACAGGAGUCACUCCCAGGAAAUGGACCUGGGGCACUCCCAGAGCGACUGCCUGACAGGCAAUGAGGUGGAGGAGUCACCUUCUGCUGUCAUGUCCAGGAGAACGGCCAUAUCCCAGUUUGAAGGAAAAGCGCUGGGCAUUGAUAAAGCUAUUCUUCACAGUAUUGACUGCUGUGCAUCUGAUGAGACUAAGAAGAAAAUGUACAGCUGUAUCCUAGUAGUCGGAGGGGGUCUUAUGUUCCACGGGUCACAGGAGUUCCUGCAGCACCGAAUCCUCAAUAAGAUGCCCCCUUCCUUCAGGAGAGUUGUAGAAAAUGUGGAAGUCAUUACAAGACCCAAGGACAUGGACCCGCGACUGAUUGCCUGGAAAGGGGGUGCAGUUCUGGCCUGCCUGGACACCACUCAGGAGCUGUGGAUCUACCAGCGGGAGUGGCAGCGCUUCGGAGUGCGCAUGCUGAGGGAGAGAGCUGCUUUUGUCUGGUGAGCUUCCACCUGAGCUGGACACACUCAACCAGAAUCGCAGCAAAGGCUGUUGAAGUAACAGUGCCAUGAGUGCCAUCACUUUCUACGUGAAGUGUUAUUUGCAGUUGUAUGGCAAGCUGUCAUCUUAAAGACACUGACAAAGUGCAAAGCUUAGGCCACUAUGAUGAUUUUUAAAAAAAAAAAAUUUUACCAGUUAAUGUGAUCAUGUUUUGUACUGUAUAUAAAUUCUUCCUCUGAAUUUGUUCUUGCAUCUGAAUUUGUUCAAAGAAAGUUCAAAGAAAGGCACAUAGUGUGUUGCAGUGUUGUACAAAUUAAGUGAUUGAUUACCACCUCAUAAAAGCAAAUCCUGGUCUAAAUAAGUUGGCACGAUCCACUGCAUGACUCACUUACUUGUGACUGUUUCCUGUUUCCAUGGAAUCUGUAAAACAGAUACGUCAGCGACAAUUUGAAACAUGAGCAGGCAAAAAAAAAAAAAAAAACUUCUGACGAGAUUGGAACGCUUUUGUCAUCUUCCAAUGUAACCUGUCUAUGAACCUCAAAAAAAAAAAAAAAAAAAAAUUUGGUUUUUGUUUGGGGAAAAUGUAAUCAAUCUUUUUAUCAGUGAACCAAUAUACUUCAUGCCAACAAUUAACCACUACAAUUAAAUAGCUGUUUUUUGUUUUUUCCAAGACUGCUUAAACUAAUAAUUAUCUCUGUUUUCAUCUUUUCCUGCUGAAUCUGAUAAGUUCAAGUAACAGUCAGUUCUAAUCUGAUAAUAAAAAGGAAGGUUUCUGACACACUCAACAUUUCUUAAUCAGUGAAGGAUGUGGUUCAUCACGUUGCAUGAAGCAGAAUUUCUAAGUAAUAAGUGUUUUAAUCACCACUCACCAUAUAACCUAUGCACAGCUGUGGCCAAAAGUUUUGCAUCCCCUAGAAUUGUAGGAUUGAGACAAAAUAAGAAAAAAUAAAUUAUUUAGAUAUUUUAUUUAACAUCAUGUAAUCAAAGAAACUACUAAAUUAUAUCGCAAGUGUCUACCGGAACCCAUAAUAGUAGUACAGUAUUUCAUGUUUCGAAAUGUCGAUUUUGGUCAGUGUUUCGUUGAACUAGAAAGCGGUAUGUAAUUCAAUAUGUUAAUGUAACAUUAUUCACCAGGUUUCAUUCAACUUUAUGAAGCAGUAGUUAAUUCUAUAGGGUGAUGCAAAACGUUUGGUCAUAGAUGUAUAUGUACUAUCUAAAAUAAAGUGGCAUUGCAGUUCAGUGCACAUUUUAACUUGUUAAUUUAAUAAGCUAUAUAAUAAGAAGAAUGACAUACUUUAUACAAUGGAGUAUCAUGCUAUAUCUUGCUCACAUCUUGAGAAUCGCUCAUCCAAUUACUUUGAAACUUGGUGUGAACAUUUGUUUGUUCUAGGUGAGGAACUUUGAACUUUAUUAGCAUGAACUCUGGUGUCUGAUUGGUUUGGCUAAUGAAAGCCAAACUGCUCAGCCACAUUUAAUGAAACCAAUGCUUGGACCUUGUGUAAAUGCAAGUCAUGUUAAUCAAGGUUAUGUCCUUGGCAGUUAUUAUUGAAACGUCGACUAUGUGGAGUCUAUACCCAAAUUGCGACCUACUUUAACAUCCGUCCCUCUGAAAGCAAGAAGCAAGAUGGCUUAAAAAAACUAAGAUGCUUCUGCUUUUUGUUGAAAACUUUAUUAUUUACAAAAAGAUACAGUCUACAA